CUGCUUUUGCUAAGUUAUUCAUUCUUCCGCCCCCCUUGACUUCCCCCUCUUCCGACUAACUAUUGUGGUAGACUCUCUGAGCAUUGGGACAACUAGUAGAAAUCUGAGGUGCUUCGUACCACUCGAAAUCUCCUUAAUUCGCCUUGUCGACCCUAGGACGAUCCGCCCAGCCAACCCAGUUCACCAUCAAGAUCAAUACCUUACACAGUACUCACAUGCCAUUCUCACCAAUCAUGACUAAUCCGGGUGUCUGCCAUAACUAUUGAUCGAAAAGGGUAGUACCUAAUUAUCAUGGGUCCAGUUGAGAAGCCAGAGAGAAAAAAAUGGGAUUAUUUAGCCACUCUCCUUCCUAUCUGGUGGAGCAGAUCUCCCAGGUCUAUGGUUCACCGUUCGUGGCGUUGCUCAAUGCAUUUUGGCGCUGGGCGAAUCGCCAAGCGCUUAUUUUCCUGUUACGAAUGACUGUGCCCCCCGGUUCCGUUUCCUCCCCUCCGCCCGAGUCUUUCCCCCCUCUCUAACCGCCGUGUACGUGCGCGGUGCGCGAAGGGGACAUCCAUCAGUUGACCGGGAAGAGGGGCGGUACUCUGUCCACUCAGAGCUGCUUUUAAGAUGAUGAAGUGGGGUCUCAAUCCGAAUCCAGACACAAAAGGCACGGACAGUGUUGUUCAUUCUAUGGCA